ACCCUAAGCGAUACGGUUCAGUAUCAGUUGCGCAGAUCUUUCGCUCUAGAAUAGUUCUGCUUAGAACAAGUGCUUGUUUUUGAGAAAAAUUUAAACGAUUCAAAAUGAAAGCUGUUGCAGUUCUGAUUACUUUGGCCGUUAUUUGCCUUUUGGAGUUUACAACUGCAGCGCCGACCUUUGAGCAGGGACGUAUUGAACGAAGUGCCAAAGAGCCCGAACCCACCGAAGGCGCACCGGAAGGAGGAUCGGAGAAACCGGAAGAGGAAGAAGAAGAAGCGGAAGAUGAAAAGGAAACAUCUGAGGAUGAAAGCGGGGGCGACGAAACCGAAGGUGACGCUGACGGUCAUGGAAAGGGCUGUCACCAUGAUGAAGAUUCGGAAAAAUCAGAAGAUGAACAGAAUGUUGAAGAGCCUGCCAAGUCGGAGAAGUGAAGUUCUGAUAACAAUUAUAUAAUUUUGAAAGUACAGUGAGGGUUACCUAUAUUUGAACAUUCAGUCAUUUGGCGUGCUUUCGGAAACGUGAAUAAUUCAGAGGAUUUAAACUAUGUAAUGAAUUACUGCAAAACUAUACCUAAACUAUUUUUUAAAAUUAAGGAACAAUCGAAAUUGGACACUCUAUGUCCAUAACUAGGUACACUUGCUUUAUAGAUGUAAUGUAACAUGGCUCUGUAUUACCUAGACAUAAGUGAGAAUAAAGUUUAAUGUUAAAUAUUAACAUCGUUA